ACAACUGAGACUGCAGCCUCAACUACAACUGCAGCCCGCACUACAACUGAGACUGCAGCCUCAACUACAACUGCAGCCCCCACUACAACUGAGACUGCAGCCUCGACUACAACUGCAGCCCCCACUACAACUGAGACUGCAGCCCCCACUACAACUGAGACUGCAGCCCCCACUACAACUGUAACUGCAGCCUCAACUACAACUGCAGCCCCCACUACAACUGAGACUGCAGCCCCCACUACAACUGAGACUGCAGCCUCGACUACAAGUGCAGCCCCCACUACAACUGUAACUGCAGCCUCAACUACAACUGCAGCCCCCACUACAACUGAGACUGCAGCCUCGACUACAAGUGCAGCCCCCACUACAACUGAGACUGCAGCCUCCACUACAACUGUAACUACAGCCCCCACUACAACUGCAGCCCCUACUACAACUGUAACCGCAGUCUCCACUACAACUGUAACUACAGCCCCCACUACAACUACAGCCCCCACUACAACUGAGACUGCAGCCUCCACUACAACUGAGACUGCAGCCUCGACUACAACUGCAGCCCCUACUACAACUGUAACCGCAGCCUCCACUACAACUGUAACUGCAGCCCCCACUACAACUGUAACUGCAGCCUCGACUACAACUGCAGCCCCCACUACAACUACAACUGCAGCCCCCACUACAACUACAACUGCAGCCCCUUCUACAACUACAACUACAGCCCCCACUACAACUACAACUGCAGCCCCUACUACAACUACAACUACAGCCCCCACGACAACUACAACUGCAGCCCCCACUACAACUACAACUACAACUGCAGCCCCCACUACAACUACAACCACCACCACUACCACAGCAGUCCCUGAGACUUUUUAUGCCCUGAGGUUCAGAUCCCUGGAAACCUUCACCCCUGAUCUUGCAAAUCCUCAAUCCCAAGCCUUUCAGGCAAGAGCACAGCUAACCAAACAACAGGUUGAACCACUCUACAGGAGGCAAUUUCCUUUUUCCUUCAUCACUCUGAUUGUGAUACGAUUCAGCAAUGGGUCCAUCAUUACAGAAGGAACGCUGGUUUUCAAUGCCUCAGCAUCACAGCCCAGCAAUCAGGAGAUUGUCCUCACACUAUCAAAUAACGUGCAAGAGGUCCCGCUGCUCAACAUUGAUGCCACCUCCAUCUCAUCCAAUGAUACCGUUGUAUCGACAACCCCCCCUACAGCCCCCACAACAACUCUGACUACAGCCAACGGUGGAGUCCGCAGCCACACGAGCGUCCUCACUGCUGCCUGUCUAGUUGUGAUAUCCCUGCUGCUCAGCUACAUGUGGUAGAUGUUGAUGAAUCGCUCACACGUCUCCUGAAGGCCCCAUCAACCAAUAGUAGGGCGGAUGUGGACAACGACAAACAUUGCCAUGACAACUGGCCAAAACCCAAAGAACUGAUUUAAUAUUUCAGUGAGGUGCUUUGUGACGAAGCUGACUGACUAGUCCAGCAAAGUGAGAUGAAACCAGAACAAACUGCAUUUCUGGGGGAUUUCUGCAGGAUCACAUCAGCUCAGAGCAUCGCACGGCCAGGAAUGAGACUCAGGGCUAUUUUCCUGCUUACAGAACUUAGGAGUGAUUUCUCUGGAAAUUCAAACCACUUAAAUGCAGUAAACUUGAGUAUUCUUUGCACUUUAAUUUUUCCUGUUCUUCUUUCCAAAUGUACAUCAAUUCCAGUAAACUUAUGAUUGAUGUCAAGCUCCUGUACAGAUACAUAUUGAAUGUAUAUACAUUCAAUAUGUCAAUUAAGAUUCAUCAAUUUCCAUAACAUAAUUAUUAAAUUAUUUUCAUAAUAAUGUUAUGGAUAUGGAUGAGGAUUGUCUUAAUUGCCAUACUGAAUGUACAUACAACUGACCAUAGAGGUAAAGAAGCAUAUUUAUUACUUUUUGCUAAUUUUUAUAAAUACUUCCUGGAAAGAAGUAUGGAACAGCUCAGUGUAAAGUGAGCUAAAUUGAUCUUAGGGGAAGUGACAUCAAACUCCUUCCUGAAACAGAAGUUAAGUAUUGUCACAUUUAUACACAGCUGGCUGUUAUAAUGAGGAAAAGUACAUAACCAACAAAACUCUUUGUAUUUAUAAUCACUUUUAAUUUUUUUCUUCAAAUAUGACCAAAAAAUUCCUAUUGUUAUACAAUGUAUUUAUUUACUUUAGAAAUAAAAUUCAACCAAGACAAAACUCA